AUGCAGGAGGUUGAGAAUGGCCAGGGAGCCAACUACGAGGUCAUGGACCCAGACUACUAUCGCAAAGUAGUCAUUCGGAUGUACUGGGACGACUCGACCACGCCCAAUGUCCUGGCUCCCUUGGGCGACUUCUUCUGCGUGGGCCACUCCAUCGCGGCCAACUUCCAAUCUCUUCCCUUCACGGCAUCCGUCAAGCCGACCGAGGACAAGAAGUUUGGCGGGGCAGCAGCGCUCAACUGCUACCUCCCCAUGCCCUUCAAUAAGCGAGCCCGAAUCGAAGUCGAGAACCAAAACGAUAUCGCGUACUUCCAGUACUUCUACAUCGACUACGAUAUCCAGCUGCAGCCGCACGGGCCCGAGACCCUGUUCUUCCACGCGCACUGGCGACGCCAGAAUCCCACAUCGGGCUGGGCCCCGCCCGACUUGCAGACAAACUCUCUCGAAGCAAACGUCCCCAAUUUGGACGGCAAGGCAAACUAUGUGCUUCUAGAAACGACGGGUGCCGGCGCCUAUAUCGGAUGCAAUCACUCUGUAUAUCACUUCCAAGGCAGCUGGUGGGGCGAAGGUGAUGAUAUGAUCUUCAUCGACGACGAUACGUGGCCGCCUUCGAUGCACGGGACAGGCAGCGAAGACUAUUUCAGCCAAGGCUGGGGAAUGCAGAAAAACGCCUUUCCGUUUGCGGGAAGCAUUGUUCACGAAGGCGAGAUGCCUCAUUACCAGGUGUCGUAUCGUUGGCACCUUCCAGACCCCGUUCGCUUCAACACCAGGAUCAAGGUGACCAUGGAGUCGGGCCAUGCCAAUCAUUUGAGCGAUGACUGGAGCUCAACAGCAUACUGGUACCAGACCCUCCCAGGCCCCCGGUUGGAGAUUCCUUCGGUCAGCGAGCGUCUGCCGCCCAGAGCAGAAAUAGUGCCACCAAAGCAGUCCGAGAACCGCAGUCUCACGGACAAACAGAUAGAAAUGGUCAAGCAGAGGCAACAGCGCCUGGAUGAAUUUGUGGCGGAUAAGAUGAAAUGGCUUGAGCGCCGCGCAGCGGACAGCAGGAAGCGCGCGGCGCAGAACAAAGAAUGGGCUGCGGAUGUCCGACGCCGAUACGAGGCCUCUUCGAAGCAGAACCAGCAGUCAUAA